CCUACAGCUCCAAGGUAGUAAGCUACAACUUAUACACUACAACAUUGAACAGAGUCGUCAAACGUCUUUGUAAAGCGCCUUUCUCAUUUUCUGCACACAUAGCCAUAGUAAUGCUCAAGCACCAAUAACGCAGAUGCUGAUACCCUAACAAACCAAUCCUUUCAUCCUAUCCUAUCCCGACGAAACAAACAAGCAAACACACCCCCUAUCCCAUCCCUAUACCCAUCGCCACCAUGGCGUCCGACAAAUUCGACUACAUCAAAUCCCAAUACCUCGUCGCGGACCCCAAGCCCUCCAAGAAGCGGAAGCGCAAGCAGAAAGACGACAGCAGCAGCAACCAGGCCGGCCUCAUAAUCGCCGACGACGACGAGACAGGGUGGAUGCGGGCGAAGUCAAACCAGAACGACGACGACGACGACACCGCCAUGGUAGCUGGGACGAGCGCCGAGUUCCGCAAGGCGAAGAAGUCUGCGUGGAAGGUGUUAGGAGGAGGAGGAGGGGGACUCACCACAUCGGCAUCUCUCGCCCAAGACCAGCAGCAACAGCAAAACAAAGACGACGAAGCCGCAGACGCAAUAAUAGCUUCGGCGGCGGCCGAAACCGCAGAAGCAGGCAACGACAACGACGCGCCCGCCAUAAUGAUGUCCGACGGGACCUACGCCGGGCUCCAAACGGCCGCCACCGUGUCCGCGCAGCUCGAAGCGCGGCGGCGCGCCGAACGGGCCGAGUACGAGCGCGCCUCGGGCGGAAGAAACAAAAAGCACGCAGCAGAAGAGGAAGAGACGAUCUACCGGGACGCGACGGGGCGGCGCGUGGACGUGAGCAUGAAGCGGGCCGAGCUCCGGCGCGAGGCGCAGGAGGCCGCCGCGAAGGAAGCAGCCAAGGUCGAGGCGCUGCGCGGCGACGUGCAGGUCGAGGCCGCGCGGAGCCGCCGCGAGGCGCUCGAGGACGCGAAGGUCAUGCCGGUUGCGAGGCACGCGGACGACGCGGAGCUGAAUCGGGAGAUGAGGGAGAAGGUUAGGUGGGGGGAUACGAUGGCGAGGUUUGUUGAGCCGCGUGUAGCAACAGAGGUGGUAGGGGCGAAGAAGAAGAAAGGAGGGAUAAAGGGAAAACCGGUGUACAAGGGUGCGUGGACGCCGAACCGGUACGGGAUCCGGCCGGGGUAUAGGUGGGAUGGCGUGGACAGGAGUAAUGGGUUUGAGGGGGAGAGGUUCAAGGCGAUCAACCGGCGCGAGAGGAAUAAGGGGUUGGAGUAUGCGUGGCAGAUGGAUGAGUAGGUAGGCAGCUACUACAAGGCUACGUACGAUUACACUAGCCUAGAUAGCUUCCUACAUUAGAUACCCUAGGCGUAGAGUAUGAGAGGCACAUGGGGGCCUUUUCAAGAAUGUGAAUUACUACCAUAUUUGACUGUUAA